AUGGUCGAGUCCCAUCAAGACACGGACGUCAAGAUGUCCAACACAUCUUCGUGGGUUCACUUGCUGACGGGUGCACCAGUCCUCUCAAGGCACUACCCCAGCCUUGCCAUUCGCAACAGGUCCGCAACCCAAGACAUGGUCGCGGCCGACACCCGCUCCUCGAGCACUGCUGCCACGGACGUCAUCUUGCACGCUGCCGCCAAUGUUGACACUGAUAUGAGACAACUCGUCCGCGAUUUGGCUCACAGCGCUGACCCCGUUGAGCUGGGCUUGACGCAGCUGCGCAUCCAAGACGUCGAGGCAGCCAAGGUCGCCACUGCAGCUGCGAUCUUGAAGCUCCAGGAAGACGCCGGAGCUGCCAAGCAAGAUACCGACACUAUCGCCCAGAACGUCGAGCAUGUUAACUACGAGAACAAUGUUCUUGUGGAGGCACAGCGCAACCAGGAGGGUUGGCACAACAGCGUUCGCCGCAGACACGAGCAACGCCUGGACCGGAUCGAGGGCCUGCUUGACAUCUUGGUGCAGGAGCAUGCCAUGCCCGUUAUUGAGGAAACUCGGGUCUCCAUCAACAAGAAGCUCGAUGAGUUCGAGGAGGCCCAUAAGGCAAAGUGCGCGGCGGAGGACGCGGAGAUUCUGUCUCGCAAGUGAUUGAGGUCACUGGGGAUUACCACUGGGCUUUUUCUUGUGGAAUUGCUGGGUUCUCUAGGGCGCAAGGAGUUUUUAUGUUUCGCGAUACCCGGGG